GAGAAGACAUUGUUGGAAGUGGCAGCAGAGGAGGUAUUGCCCACACCAUGUCAGCAAAAAGAAAAAGAAUGCUUGCACCUGCAGAAUGUGCUCAGAAAAAAAGAAAAGCUAUUGAUCUUGAUAUGAAAAUUAAGAUUAUUAAGGACUAUGAGGCUGGCAAGAAAGUUACAGAAAUAGCAAGUGAAUUGGAAUUUGCACAUUCUACCAUUUCAACAAUCCUAAAGCAUAAGGAUAGAGUGAAAGAGGCAGUAAAGACAUCAACAGGAUAUCAAACAAUAAUAACUAGGCAGCGGAAAGGCCUUAUUCAUGAAAUGGAGAAAUUGCUGGUAGUAUGGAUUGACGACCAAAUGGAAAAAAGAAUGCCAAUGAGUCUUUUAUUGAUUCAAACCAAAGCACGCAAUAUUUUUGAGAAUUUGAAAGUGCACAAAGGAGAAGAAUCAACUGAAACAUUUACAGCAAGCCAUGGAUGGUUUCAAAGGUUUCGUGGGAGAUUCAACCUCGAUAAUCGGAGUAUCAGUGGGGAGGCUGCAAGUGCAGAUGUGGAACCAGCUGAAAAAUUUGUGGUUGAAUUUGAUAAAAUUAUAGAAAAAGGUGGCUACUGUCCAGAGCAGAUAUUUAACGUGGUUGAAACUGUACUUUUUUGGAAAAAAAUGCCCGAAAGGUCUUACAUACACAAAGAAGAUAAAACAGUGCCUGGUUUCAAGGCUUUUAAUGACCGGGUCACAUUGUUGUUGGGAGGAAAUGUUGCUGGGUUCAAGUUAAAGCCUCUCCUCAUCUAUCGUUCACAGAACCCACCUGCAUUGAAGCUGGUUAGUAAGCACACACUGCCUGUUUAUUAUCGUGCAAAUAACAAAGCAUGGAUGACACAAGCUUUAUUUGAAGACUGGUUCAUAAACUGUUUCAUACCCUCGGUCAAUCGUUACUGUCAGCAAAAGGGUGUUCCCUUUAAAAUUAUCCUCCUGCUUGAUAAUGCCCCAGGCCACCCCCAGCAUCUUGAUGACCUGCAUCCAGACGUUAAGGUAGUGUAUCUGCCUAAAAACACAACUGCUAUCCUACAACCCAUGGAUCAGGGUGCAAUAGCAACAUUCAAGGCCUACUAUUUGCACACCACCUUUUCCAAAGCUGUAGCAGCAACUGAAAAUGAUGAAGUUACCCUUCGUGAUUUUUGGAACGCUUACAACAUGUUACACUGCAUUAAAAACAUUGCAUCAGCUUGGGAGGGAGUAACAGAAAAGUGUAUGCAGGGUAUAUGGAAAAAAUGCUUAAAGCGUUUUAUGAACAAUAGCGAAGGGUUUGAUGAAACAGAUGUUGAAGUUAUAAAUCAAAGAAGUGUGCAACUUGCUAACAUGCUUGACUUAGAUGUUAAAGUGACAGAUAUUAAAGAAUUAGUGGAAUUUGUUGAGGGAGAGCUAAGUAAUGAAGAUUUAAUAGCGUUGGAAGCACAGCAGCACUUAGAACAGGAAGAGGAAGAAAAGGAGGAAACAACGGAAGUACAAAAGCAAUUCACAGUCAGGGGGUUAGCUGGCGUGUUCUCAAAAGUGAAUGCAGCUUUAUUACUAUUAGAGAGUAUGGACCCAAAUGUUGAAAGGUUCUCUAAAGUGGAACUGCAGAUGAAGGAACUUAUGCGAUGUUAUCGUGAAAUUUAUGAUGAAAAAAAGAAAAUUUCUCAGCAGAGCACCUUAACAGAAUUAUUCUUGCAAGCUACCCCUACCAGUUCUAUCAUUUCCUUGUCGUCUUCUCCCUCAACUACAACUCCCGAUAACCUUGCUGGUAACUCCAAUGAUGACACUGUCGACCCUGCUGGUAACUCCAAUGAUGACACUGUCGACCCUGCUGGUAACUCCAAUGAUGACACUGUCGACCUUGCUGGUAACUCCAAUGAUGACACUGUCGACCUUGCUGGUAACUCCAAUGAUGACACUGUCGACCUUGCUGGUAACUCCAAUGAUGACACUGAUGACCCUGCUUGGUAAUUUCAAUGAUGACACUGAUGACCCGGAAACACUAUCACCCAUUUGAAGGAUUUGAUGACUAAAAUGUUACUCUAAAUAUCUCCUGUCUGGGGCAGAUCCUCAAAGAAAUUACGCCGGCGUAUCUCUUGAUACGCCGCGUAAUUUCAAAUUUGGUGCGUC